AUGUCGUUACAGGAAUCGCUGACACUGGAGGAUGUGGCCGUGGACUUCUCCCGGGAGGAGUGGCGGCUCCUGGCCCCCGCCCAGAAGGACCUGUACUGGGACGUGAUGCUGGAGAACUACAGGAACCUGGUGUCCGUGGGGUAUGUGGCCAGCAAGCCAGAUGCGCUCUCCAGACUGGAACGAGGGGGAGUGUGGAUGAUGGAAGAUGAAAUCCGCCGGCGAAUCUGGCCAGAGAUCAAGAAAGAUGGUGGUCAUCUUCAGGGGCACUUGCAAAAUCAAAGAUGUCCAAAGAGAAUGAAACAAUGCCAUGAACAUAAUGCAUUUGGAAACAUCGUUCAUCAGAAUAAAAGUAAUUUUCCUUUAAGGCAAAGUCAUGACAUCUUUGGCUUACGUGGGAAAACACUGAAGUCAAAUUUAAGUUCGGUUAACCAGAACAGAAGCUACGAAGUAAAGAACCUGGCUGAGGUUAAUGGAGACAUGAAAUCCUUCUCUCAUACAAAGCAUGACCAGUAUUGUAUUGAAAUUAAAUUUCCUGAAUGUGGAAAUUCUGUGGGUACAAAUUUCCAAUUCAUCAAGCAUCAGAGAACUCAGAAGAUGGAGAAACCCCAUGUAUGUAGUGAGUGUGGCAAAGGCUUCUUCAAGAAGUCUCGGCUCAUUAAUCAUCAGAGAGUUCACACAGGAGAGAAACCCCAUGGAUGCAGUCUGUGUGACAAGGCAUUUUCCAGAAAGUCCAGGCUCAUUGAACACCAGAGAACCCACACGGGAGAAAAGCCUUACGAAUGCACCGAAUGUGACAAAACGUUCCGCUGGAAGUCACAGCUCAACGCCCAUCAGAAGACUCACACAGGAGAGAAACCGUAUAUAUGCAGUGAGUGUGGGAAAGGCUUCAUUCAGAAGGGCAAUCUCAUUGUACAUCAGCGGACACACACGGGGGAGAAACCUUAUGUAUGCAGCGACUGUGGGAAAGGCUUCAUUCAGAAGGGCAAUCUCCUUAAACAUCAGCGAAUUCACACUGGAGAGAAACCCUAUGUGUGCACCGACUGUGGCAAAGGCUUUAGCCAGAAGACCUGCCUCAUAUCGCAUCAGCGAUUUCACACUGGAAAGACUCCCUUUGUGUGUACCGAGUGCGGAAAAUCCUGUUCCCACAAGUCCGGUCUCAUUAACCACCGGAGAAUUCACACAGGAGAGAAACCCUACACCUGCAGUGACUGUGGGAAGGCCUUUAGAGAUAAGUCGUGCCUUAAUCGCCACCGGAGAACUCAUACAGGAGAGAGGCCCUACGGAUGCACUGACUGUGGAAAAGCUUUCUCCUACCUGUCAUGCCUCGUUUACCAUAAGGGAAUGUUGCAUGCGAGAGAGAAAGACGCACGCCCGGUCGCGGUGGGGAAUCCUUUCUCAGAGAGCCACAGCUCAUCACAUUCAGGUGAUAGCACACAGGAGAAAGACCCUGUUAAUAAGGUGGACAUGCCUUCUGUAGCAGCUAAGACAUUACACCUCCGUGGGCUCCUAGCAGAUAGGAACAUAGCCAGAGUGGGACAGCCAGGUGCUGAUGUGCACCAUCGGCAGAUAACCGAGUUUGCACAGGGAAACCUUUUGAAUGCAGUGAAUGUGCUGGUGCCUUCACUGAUCAGUUGCAUCAUAGUUUAUGCCCCCAAAAGGGGCUGCUUUUGUACCUUUGAAGCCUUAUCACUUUCUCCUUGGGUCCAGGUACCAUGUUCUCAGCUGUUGCACAGGAAAUCACUGACACUAGAGGACGUGACCAUGGACUUCACGUGGGAGGAGUGGCAGCUCCUGCCCUCUGCUCAGAAGAACCUGACAGGAUUUGAUGUUGGAGAACUACAGGAACCUGGUGUCAUUGGUGACUUUUCCAAACCGUGGUCUCCCCGGCACCCUCGCGGAGCUCCCGGAAGCGCCGGCUGCCUCCCGGCCGACGGGCACUCGCCCCGGGGCGCAACCGUCUCCGGCCACGGCGCACCUCCUGCUUUCCUGGCAAGCCUGCUUAGCUUUUACACGGCCUCCGAGGCUUUUCUUAAUGAGAACCGAGGCCGAGGGCCCUCUGUCCCUUCCAAGGUUACCGCCGUGUCACGUCUGCUUCGCGUGAGCCCGAGACUUAACAUCUCCCCAUCUUCCUGUGAGGCCUGGGGGGCGGCAGGGAGUGCUAGGGUUUCCGCGGCGCGCGCUCACCCCCGCGUCGCGGCGCCGACACCGCCGCCCAGGGUUCCAAACGCGCCAGAAACGCCGCUGAUCCUCGUCAGGUGUUCCCGACAGAGGAGGCUGGACGAGGGAACUAGAGGGAAGGAAGUUUGGGGAAGUAAGUUAGACCCUGAAGAGGUCGCUGCAGGUUCAGGAGAGACUCAGGUCAUUGUGUGGGAAUCGCUGACACUGGAGGAUGUGGCCGUGGACUUCUCCCGGGAGGAGUGGCGGCUCCUGGCUCCCGCCCAGAAGGACCUGUACAGGGACGUGAUGCUGGAGAACUACAGGAACCUGGUGUCAGUGGCGUCCUUCCAUCCUGACACACCCCAGCCCACGUGUCUGUCUUUCCUACGAGCAGGGCAUCAAGCCAGCAAACCAGACGCGCUCUCCAAGCUGGAACGAGGGGAAGAACCGUGGGCGACAGAAGAGGAAGUGCGCAGUGGAACCCGUCCAGAAACUAGAAAAGUUGAUAACCACCUGCAGGGUCACUGGGAAGAUCAAAGAAUGCUGAAAGGUAUGGAGCUGGACCCUGAACAUAGUGCAUUUGGAAAUGUCGUUCCUCAAAGCAAAAGUCAUUUUCCUUUCAGGCAAAAUCAUAUGUUUGAGUUCUAUAUAAAAACUUUGAAAUCAAAUUUAAGUUUAACCAACAAGAGCAAAGUCUGUGAAAUUAAGAACUCUACUAAAGUCAAUGGAAAUGAGAAAUCAUUUCUGCAUGGUAAGUGUGAAGAUUUUCAUUCUUCAGUUAAAUUCCCUGUAAGUGCAAAACCUGUCAGCAACAAGUCCCAAGUCACUAAGCAUCAGAGAACUCAUGAAAUAGAGAAAGCCCAUGUGUGUGGUGAAUGUGGAAAAGCCUUCAUUAAGAAGUCUCAGCUAACAGAUCAUCACAGAGUUCAUACAGGAGAGAAACCUUAUGGAUGCAAUAUUUGUGCAAAAGUUUUCUCCAGAAAGUCUAGGCUCAAUGAACAUCAGAGAAUUCAUAAAAGAGAGAAAUCCUUUAUAUGCAAUGAUUGUGGAAAGGUUUUCACCAUGAAGAGCCGUCUGAUUGAACACCAGCGAACUCACACUGGAGAGAAACCCUAUGUAUGCAGUGAGUGUGGCAAAGGUUUCCCAGGGAAGCGUAAUCUCAUUGUGCACCAGCGAAAUCAUACUGGAGAGAAGUGCUAUGUGUGCAGUGAAUGCGGGAAAGGCUUCACUGGGAAGAGCAUGCUCAUUAUACACCAGCGAACUCACACAGGGGAGAAACCCUACAUCUGCAGUGAAUGUGGGAAAGGCUUCACCACGAAGCACUAUGUCAUCAUACAUCAACGGAAUCACACAGGAGAGAAACCCUAUCUAUGCAACGAGUGUGGGAAAGGCUUCACCAUGAAGAGUCGACUGAUUGAACAUCAGCGAACUCACACCGGAGAGAAACCCUAUGUAUGCGAGGAAUGUGGAAAAGGCUUUCCCCGGAAGAGUAAUCUCAUUGUGCAUCAGAGAAAUCAUACGGUAGAGAAGUCCUAUGUGUGCAGUGAAUGCGGAAAGGGCUUCACUGUGAAGAGUAUGCUCAUCAUACACCAGCGAACGCACACCGGAGAGAAACCCUACAUCUGCAGCGAAUGUGGGAAAGGCUUCCCCCUGAAGAGUCGGCUGGUUGUACAUCAGCGAACACAUACUGGAGAGAAACCUUACAGAUGCAGUGAAUGUGGGAAAGGUUUCAUUGUGAAUAGUGGGCUGAUGUUACACCAGCGAACUCACACUGGAGAGAAACCCUAUAUAUGCAAUAAAUGUGGAAAAGGCUUUGCCUUCAAGAGCAAUCUUGUGGUACACCAGCGAACCCAUACUGGAGAGAAACCCUUUACGUGCAGUGAGUGUGGAAAAGGUUUCACCAUGAAACGCUAUCUCAUCGUACAUCAACAAAUCCAUACAGGAGAGAAAUCCUACAUCUGCAGUGAAUGUGGUAAAGCCUUCGCUGUGGAAACCGAGCUCAUUUUACAUCAGCAAAUUCAUACUGGAGAGAAACCUUAUGAAUGCAAUGAAUGUGGCAAAGGCUUCGCUGUGAAGAGCCGUCUAAUCGUUCAUCAGCGAACUCAUACAGGAGAGAAGCCUUUUAUAUGCAGUGAAUGUGGAAAAGGCUUCUCCUCAAAGAGAAAUCUUAUUGUACAUCAGAGAACUCAUAAUGGAAACAAACCCUAAUGACACAGUGGACAUGGUCACACCUUGAGGAGGAAAAUAUGCCUUGUGCAACAGCGGAGAUUUCACACAGGAUUGACUUCCUUUAUUUGUGCAAACUGUGGAAAAUCCUAUUCAGUACCUACCAGGGAAUUUAUGCAGGAGACAAACUGCAUGUAUGUGGUUGAUGUGACAAAGUCUUCCUACACCAAGUCAGCCCCCAUUGUACAUCGAAGAAUACAUAGAAGAGAAAGACUCGAUGGAUUCAGUAACUGAGGAUUACCUUUCUCUCAUUUGUCAAGCCUUGUUAAUACACAUAAGAAAUGGGGGCAUCUGGGUGGCUCAGUCAGCUAAGCGUCCAACUUGGGCUCAGGUCAC